UCCAUAUAAACAAGUGCAUUAUCCACACCACAGCCAAGGCAUUCUCACAUCAUCCUCUACAAACAAAUCUUACCAUUCAUUUUCUAGAGUAUUCUCUGAUCUUCUUCACAGUAAUGGCUAUCCAUAUGACAAAACUUAUGCAUGCUAAGCAGAUUCUUCGUCACUCUAAACUAUUUGCAAAUCAAGCAGCCUCAGCCUCAACCCAUGUUCCCAAAGGAUACUUUGCAGUGUAUGUUGGGGAGAGCCAAAAGAGGAGGUUCAUAGUUCCAAUUUCAUUCUUGAAUCAGCCUUCGUUUCAGAAGUUGUUAAGUAUAGCAGAGGAAGAAUUCGGAUUCAGUCAUCCAAUGGGUGGUCUCACAAUUCCUUGCAGAGAAGAGAUAUUCGUUAAUCUCACUUCAAGCUUGCUUUAGUUUCCUAGUGCUAAAAAUAAUUAAUUAAUCAGCUGAAACAAUUUUUGACCAUUGAUGUCCAUCUUUCUAUUCAUUUGGUAGAAAGAGAUGAUCAAAUGUAAUAUACUCUUCUUAGUAAUUAUUUUAAUACAAAUUACAGCUAUUCUAUUCUCAAA